AAUUCUAUUUGCUAUUUGACCUAUGUAUGAUGGAAAAAGGAAAACUGAUUGCAGUUAUCACUCAUAGAGAUGUAAAGUGGAGUGUGUGGCAGUGAUGGGAAAGGGACGGGCGGGAGGAUGGGAGGCCCUCGACGCCCUAGACAGCAACGUAGCCUUAUGAACUUCUAUCCAGAAUUGGGCAGUUAAGAGACAGUGGAGAGCUCAUCCUCACGUCAAAUGUCACAAGGAUGCUGCUGCUGCUGCUGGGUUGGUUGCGUGUGCUUCCUCCCUCCCCCCCCCUCUCUAUCUCUCUCUAGUCACGUGUGUGUGUGUGCGUAUGUUCGCUUCAGAGAGAGACAGACAGAGGAGGAGGGAAGGGGUCACAGGGUGAGAGGGGAGGGAAAGCAGCCGGGGACGGAGGACCUACGCGUAUCUCUGAGACUGGCCAUCAGCGUCACCACCAAAACUGUUGCUGCCAUCUAUAAUAUAGCUGACUCCACUACCAGAGCAUCACUCGGCGGGGUAGGUUCUCUGACAACUUUGCCAGCAGUGUGGUGUGUACCGUGAGAGAAUAACGCGUAAAUACCUGCUUCCCGCGGCUUCUGAGCAGGAUGAUGAAGGUGCUGUACGCCCUGCUGGUGGUGGCGGCGGCGGCGACGGCAGGUGUAGUUUUGGCCUCCGAACUCUCCCACAGGGAUGAGAGAAUUCUUUUCGCAUCCAACCCCUUGGUGUGUGAUGGAGACGCGGGCCAUCAAGGGGCGUGCCUCCCCUACUUUAGAUGUGAGAGCUACGGCGGCACGGUGGAGGGAACCUGCAGGGUAGUGGGCCAGUGCUGUGUUGUGGAAAGCUCAUGUGGGGAGACAUCCGAGGCGAGAAUCACUUACUUCACUAGCAAACACUACCUGAUCUCUGACACGAACUGCGGCGCCACCAUCUCCCCCUCCAGCAGUAUUGCCGCCAGAGACAUCUGUCAGCUACAUGUGACGCUUGAGGAGAUGACACUAACUGAACCUAACGCAGACGGGGAGUGUGAUAAGCAGUACCUGGAGGUCAAGGGAGGCAAGGAGAAUUCAAUGAAAGUCUGCGGCGUCGGGAACAACCAGACCUUGGUGGUAGACGUGGAGGGGAUGGAGGGGCCCUUCAAGGUGUCAGUGACGACUCUGGAAGAAAACCUAGACAGUGAAUGGGAAGUGAAGGUGGUACAGGUGCCAUGUAACUCAGAUGAUCUUGCGCCCAGCGGCUGCCAUCAAUACGUCACGGGUGUCACAGGGGAAGUAAAGUCCUUCAACUACGACACAAAAGAAUCCUCUAGGAAACAUGCAAACGACAUGCCUGGGAGCCGCCACCUGCAGGAGUCGUACACGAUCUGCGUGCGUGCUGAGAAUGAUUACUGCGGCGUUAAAUGGACAUCCCCAAGUGAUUCUUCCGAGGACGAAUAUGAUUUCACUCUCACAGGCAAUCUCGCUCCUGCAGGCAUGGAUCCAGUAUUUGGAUCAGGCUUGAACGAGGACUGCGCAUUCACCGAUUAUCUCCUCAUUACGGACGCCAGCGUAGUGGGUGAGGAGUUCCCCACUACCGUGCUCUGCGGAUCUCAUUUCCCGUCGCCUGGCUUAUACAGCACGUCCUUCGAGGUUCGAGUGGUGGCUAAUGACAAGGAGUUUGAAGACGAAGAUAUAGACAACCGGGGAUUCCAUCUUCUGUACGAGCAACAGUUGUGUUGAGCUUCCCCGAAACACCUCAUCAGCCCCAGCAACCCAUCAGCAGCCCCACCAGUCUUUAACAGCUCCCAGAAACUCGUCUUCAAUUCUCAUUACAGCCAAUCAACAGCCAUGGCAGUACAUUCUUCAACAGCUUCACGUGUGCCUUCAACUUUCAUCUCAUUCUCCAUUUCCUAUGUUAUACCCUUCCCUGUUCCUUUCGUCCCACCAUUUACUCAAGAUCACCUUCCUGCAUCUUAUAUUGCAUCCACACACUACUUUACAGAGUUGUUUGCCAAGUGACGUUAGAGACUAUGGAUCUUCACCUUCCUUUGUCAUCUGCUAGUCUGAUCACUUCCAGAGCUCUUCGCCCAAUCCACAGAAACUUAACUACCACCUACUGGUUAUUAACACAUCAAUAUAUAUACAAAUCUUUACCCUAUAGUAGGAUUUAUGUAUAUCUUUUUGACUUUAUUCUUAUCUUCCUUUUGGUUCUUAUAUUCAUGUCUCUAUACUUGAGGAUACUCUCACAUCCUCCUUCAUAUCUCACUUCUCCUUGCUUUCUCUUCAUCAUGACCCAUCUUCAGUCCCUGCUCCUCCCCAUCCCUGUUACUUAACACCUCCUAACUCUCUCUCCAACUCCCCACCAACGGGCAGGUUAGCGUGUUUUGCUUUUCCACACCACGGAACAAUGCCCUACACCUUCCUGUCUCCUCGUCAUUCCUUUUUUCCCAUCUCCCUCUUUUUCUCGACCGUUCCAUCUUUCCAGUCUAUACCACCACCACCACCACUUUCUCAUUCUCAAUACUCCUCCCCGCCUCUCAGUUAACUUUUCAUUUCUCUGCAUUCCCAUCCCUCGCUCCUCCGUCCUUGCCUUCCCGUGUCUGAUGUGAAGGAGACGGGCUUGGAGUGCUUCGGAAACGGUUCUUAAUACUAACCAAAAGUAUAUUUAAAAAGUGGAAGAGUGAGUUAAUGAAUAAGUGUGUCAAUAAAUGAAGAAGAUAUGAAGGUUUCA